AUGAUAUCUUUAAAAUUUUGGGGAGGCGGUGCCGAGCGCUUUUGUAGGUGUUUUUCGACAAGAAGCUACAAGCAGGGCACAAAGGAAGUCAUCCAUCCCUACGUCUCACAUCCCGAACAGCUUGGAUUAAUUUCUCGGUAUGCAACUGCGAUGCCCCGAGGCCAACAAGUAUAUAUUCCUAAGAACUUCUAUAACGAUUUGACAGACGAAGCUACUCGUAGCGGUGAUUUCUUGGGUUCAGACUUCCCUUACACUUUAGCCGGCAAGGAGAAGGCGUGGAGAACGAGAAAAUAUAACGUCCUGGCCAACCCAGUUCCUAACAAUAUUUCAAGUGCUGGAUGUGUAACAUAUUAUCACAGGUUGCAAGUGUGGUCGACGCACUGGUUCGAGAACGGAUUGCACCGCUCGAGAUGGUUUAAAUGCUCUUAUGGGUUCCAUCGAGCCAAAAGCGCCGCUGAGUUGUUUAGGAACAAGCUUAUUUCUUUCGGAAGAGUUGAUAACAAAAAAACUAACGAACAAAUACGCCUUGAGUCAGAGAAACUCCGGUCCUUGCGCGUUCUACGGAGCAGACGAUUCGACGUCAACUCCAACAGAAAUAUAUGA